AUGUUUGGGCGAGAACGGAACCAAACUGGCGUUUUGAUCGAACUGGAAGAAAGUGCAAAUUAUAUGUAUCAUACUAAAGAGGGACAAUCAAAGGCAAUGGAGGAUGUCUGGCCAUUUAUUGAACGUGCUAAUCAAGCAUCCGCUACCCAUUCUCGCCUUGAGAGACGGACAAUAAUUUUCGUAGAUCCUAGCCGUCUUCUUCCACGCACGACCAAGGAUGCUAUUUUUCGUCCUGGUGCUCUCAAGCUAUAUGCGAGCGUCAUCGAAGAAAUGUACCUGGGUCUAGAGAAAAACUUUGGUGCGGCCGAUGGAAUUAAGCCUCCUCGAUCCUGGGAUAGUACCAAAGAUAUUGAAGUUUGGGUUACUCAGGAGAUUCAAAAUCUUUUGGGUCGGCAAGUCGACGUACGUGGAGAUUUAUUUCAGCAAGGAAUGGAUAGUCUCACAGCCACCAUGCUUCUUCGUCUGCUCAAAGAUACUCUGAACGCAUCACCCGAUUUCCAUAUUCGAUCUGCGGCGACAAAAGUCAACCAGCAAACCAUCUUCGGAAACCCCACUAUCACACAACUUGUCCAGGUACUUGUCCAGCUCUCCACUUGCAACAAUACUACUGUCAUCGAUCCUGUUGCGGAAGCGCUUCGAAACAUUCAUACUAUGAUCGAAAAGUACAAAAUUGACUGGCCUGCCCAAGAGGCCCGUGAUAUUCAACCGGUAAAGAAAGAGCGUGUGGUUGUGACUGGUACUACUGGAGGCCUUGGAUCUCAUUUGCUUGCGCAGCUGCUGGAGAAUGAAAAGGUCGAGAAAGUAUGGGCGAUGAAUCGCAAAUCAAGCAAGAACAAUAGAGACAGGGAGCUCAGCUCCUUUGAAGACAAGCUUUUGGGUGGGAAUUCGCUAAAGAGCGGGAAGUUGGUAUUUGUUGAUACCGAUCUUGAGGAUCCCAAGCUUGCCCUACCCAAUGAAAUAUACGAUGAGGUGAAUGGCUAUAAGCAACCGCCAAAGGCUCUAAAUAAUUGA